CAUUCUCCCCAACAGCCAGGAUCUUUUUCUCACCCUGACUGAAGUACCCUCCCAAGCCUUCCAAGCCAGUACCCAAGACUCUGACCCCAUGGAAGGGACCUCAGCAGCUGCAAAUUCCUCAAGCCUCCCCCCUCCAUCCCGAAGGUUAUCACAGAUAAGGCGUCGUAAGAAGAAAACGCGAGACGAGAUGUUUUCUGAAAUUAUGGAAUCCAGCCGCAGUGACAGAGCUCAUGUGAAUGAGUGGAAGGAAACAGUUUCAAACUAUAGGAAAGAAGUCAGUGAACGUGAGGAGAGGAGGGACCAACGUGAGGAGAGGAGAGACGCUCGAGAUGAGAGGUGGCGGCAGGAAGACCAGAGGACGAAGGAUGCAACGCUGGGGCUGCUCCGGCGUCUGGUGGAGGUUCAGGAACGGCUGCUGGAAAACAGACUGCCGCUUCAGCCCCUGUUCCACCCUCCCCCCUCCCCAUGUUCCGUAUCCUCCUCACCCAGAUGUGUAAGAACUCGGGGGGGGGGCAGGCUCCGUACACCUUCCCAUUCCACCCCAGUAGACAGCCCAAGCAAAAGGCUGUCAUUUUUUUAAGCUUUUCUUUGUGGCUUUUUCCUUCCCAGCAAUCCUCCUCCCAAAUACCACCCGGG